AUUGUAUUGCUUCAUUCACAUGUUCAUAUUAUCUAUAUGUGUGUACACACGAUUUCUGUAUGUCACAAGAUAUCUUUAAUCGAUGAGCCUUGAUAAGCCUUGGUUAUCGACAUUUCAAUUUGUUCUUUGUUACUUCCUGGCUCAGUAAAAAAGGCAUAAAGACGGGCUCCUCAACUCAUACUAAGGAGGACCAGCGGUAUGUGAUAAGUGGAGUCUGUGUAACGAGGCUUUAUCGAUAUGGGAGCUUGUGCAGGAGUUAGCAGCUUUUUCCUUGUCAUCGUCAACACCAUCUUCUCGCUGGUUGGGAUAACUUUAGUGGUCGUUGGAUCUAUUGUAAGAUGGGGUGACGAGUUCAUGAACAAUAUUCUACAGGAUUCCUACAGUAAACUCACAUCCGCUCUACAGGAAGCCGGAGUAAACAACGUAAACUUAAACGACUUCAAUAUCGCCGACUUCGUUGGAGAUGCCACACUGGCCUUUAUCAUUCUGGGCGACUUUUUCUUUAUCCUUGGUAUCAUUGGUUGUGUAGGAGCUUGUUGCAAAUUCAAACGAAUUCUUGUAGUCUAUGUAAUUUUCCUUGUUAUUUUGCUGCUGGCAGAAGUAACCUUCAUCAUAUUGAUAUUUGCUGUUCGCAGUGAGGUUGACAACUGGUUUAAGAAACCUUUCCAAAAGGCGAUAAAGGAUGAUUACAAGGGGAUUAAUGCAAGUGAUUCUAUCUCCUUGGCAAUAAACUUUGUUUCUGUAGAGUUCAAGUGUUGCGGAGUAGACAGCUACAGAGACUUUAAUUCAUCCAAUCUUUGGAGAAAUGAGACUGGGAAAAUUGCGAACAAUCCUCAAAUUCCAGUGGUCUGUUGCAAAAUCCGAAAUAGCGUUGAUACAUGCGUACUUAAUCCAAACCAAAAUAAUUCCUAUUCUGAGCAGGGCUGCUAUGGUGCAAUAGACAACUGGUUGAAGGACAACCAAAUCAUCUUGAUUGGUGUUGGAGGUGGUGUUCUGGCAGUUGAGAUAAUGUUGAUGAUUUUUGCUUUGGUUGUGUGUAAAUCAAAUGGAAAGACUGAAGAAGAUGAUGAUUGAGGUACUGACCACGUGUAAGGAGUCGUGUGAUGUAUUAGAGCUACUGACCACGGCGCAAGACUAUUGGAUAUAUCAAUACUAACGAACUGGGAAAAUCUACAAACUACACACUGACAAUCACAUCAUUUUGUUCUGUGUUUAAUGCUAUUUAUGAUUGUUUUUAUUCAGUAACCUUUUACAUUUAUGUCAUACAUUGUAUAUAUUGUCAUUUUACAAAUGACCAACAAGUACAAUACGUGUUUGUGUUGUAUGCAAGCUUAUGUACCAUACUAACAUAUUAAACGUGCAAAUGUUUGAUUGAAA